AAGAACCGACCAAUCAUGUUGCUCCAUAGCAAAACAAAGUUUAGGACCUCUGCCUAAAUGUUUGCUAGCUAACUUCGAAACAUUUUUUAAGCUACAAAUACAACAAAAGCAAAUGUCAGCGUUAGUUAGUUAAUUCACGCUGUCCAGGGCAGUACAUUUGAGUCCUGCACAGGCCGCUGGUCACACAGUUGCGUCAGAAGUAAUGUUAGCAUACGUAUAAUUGAACUAGCAUCAGUCGUUGUUUACUACAAUGUAGUUAGCAUUAGCUCAGACGGUUAGAUUUUAAUUUUUUGUCAAGUCUACGACGACGGCGUUUCUAAUGAGGAAAGUUCGUUUUGGGCCUCAGGAACCCCAAUUCUGUGUCCUUCCUGCAAAGUUACGUAUUGUGUGACUAAUAGACGGAUGUUCUGGACACAAAGAUGGAAAUGUCAGCAAAAGGAAAGGCCAAAAGGAUGCACCUGAAUGCAGCGGAGUGUGAUGAGCUGGGACAAAGUGCAGCUGGCACGAGUUCUCUCACCCAGCCCAACGCCGUCAACCACGCGCAGGGCAAUCACAACCCCAACCGGGGGUUUUACCCCAGGACACCCACCAAGCGGCGGAAGUGUGCAUCUGCAUCGGUAAGUCCUUUCAAACAAAAAGGCAUCAACAACUUCUUCUCUGUGACUGGAGUCCUCAGUUCCAGUCCGCACAAAUCCUCCUCCAAGCCCUGCUCUUCCAAACAUACAAAUGGGCUAAACGGAGAGCUCUUUCCUGAAGAACGAGAGGAGGAGGAUGACGAUGAUUAUAGCCUAUUAGCAGUCCCAUUGGCUGCAGAACCUAUAGCCGAGGAGGAGGAAGACGAGGUUGAUGAUGAGACCCUGUUAGCUGCCGAGAUGGCAUCACAGCCUGAGACAAAGAAGGAGGAAGCGGUGGAUUAUCUGGAGGGAAUGACGGCAGAGAUGUUUUGGGAUGAUGAUGAGUUUGACAGUGACUUUCAGAAUGAGGAAGAGGAGGUGGAGGCCCUCCCUGACGCCCACUAUGGUCUCCUGGGCAGCGGCAAGGUCCUGCUGCAGCCCCAGGGCUGCAUGGAGGACCUGCCAGAGGAGGUGCUGAGGCAAGUUCUGUGCCUCGUCCCCGCCCCGGACCUCUACCGCAACGUCCGCCUCGUCUGCCAUCACUGGAGGAACAUCGUCCAGGACCCCAAGUUUGUCCCCUUCAAGAAACAAUAUUUCUGCUACAUGAUGAGAGAAAAGGAAACUAUGCUGGAGAUCUGCUCCAUCCUGAAAAACGGCAGCAUAACGGAUCCACCUUCAUCACAGAACAGCAUACGGCACCUUGUACUUUUGAUGGCCCAGCAUAGGUUUGGAGAGCGGGUGAGGCCGGAGGACGUUCUGCAGUGUGUUAAGAAACAUCGUCUUUUCCCUCAUGCUGAGGCCUCCAUCAGAUUACGGAUUCCUGAUAUUCAGAAGUGCUUUAACCUUGGUAUUGAGGGUCCCAACCCGUACGCCGUCAUGGCCGUCAUACUGAUCCUGGGUGAGAAUGUAGGUGACGUGCAGACCUUAGUGUCUCUGCUCACCAGCUGCUUGUCGCACACUGCUAUCACGGAGUACCUCAGCCACAUGGCCAUGAUGUUGCUCGCCAUAAAAAGAAACAACAUCAAGAUCAGUAACAGGUCGUAUUACAACAUCUACUACGUGCUUCACCUGAUGGAGAAUGGUCCUUUUUCUGUCGGCUCCGGUCAGAGCAAGCAGCCUCAGAUUCAUCUCACACGUGAACAGCAGCAGAUCCUCAGCCAUGACAUCCAGCCGGAUCAUGUUGUCAAGAUUGUGGCCUUUGCAGGUACAGGGAAGACGACCACGUUGGUGAAGUACGCUGAGCAGCGGCCACACCUGCGCUUCCUGUACGUGGCCUUCAACAAGUCGGUGGCCAGUGAAGCGCGGCGGCGUUUCCCCAGCAACGUGGCCUGCAAGACUAUCCACUCGUUGGCCUUCAAUGACGUUGGGAGGAAAUAUCAUAAUCACCAGAAGCUGACCCUCAACAUGAAGCCAUUCUCCAUCAGCUUUGUUCUGCCUAAGGGCCGUGGCGCCUUUAGCAAGGCCAAAGUGGUCACCACAACUCUCAACGCCUUCAUGGCUUCAACGGAUGAGACCAUCAGGGCCAGGCAUGUCCCCUGCUACAUUAAAAACAGGGAUGGCCAGAGGCAAGAUAUACCCGAGGGUGAAAUAGCGUUGUUUGUGCAGGACGCGAAGGAGAUCUGGAACAAAAUGAAAGAACUCAGUAAGACCAAAAUAGACGCCUUCCGCAUGACUCAUGAUGGUUAUCUGAAGUUAUGGCAGCUCCAAGUCCCGAAGCCAUGCCUGUCUGACAAAUACGAUGUCCUUUUCAUCGACGAGGCUCAAGACUGCACUCCAGCCAUCAUGGAUGUGCUUCUGUCUCAGAGAUGCGGGAAAAUCCUGGUUGGAGAUCCCCACCAGCAGAUCUACACCUUCAAAGGAGCCGUCAACUCCUUGAACAUUGUCCACCACACACACAUCUACUACUUGACACAGAGCUUCCGGUUCGGUGCAGAGAUCGCCUACGUGGGCGCCACCAUCCUUCAAGUUUGUAAAGGAGUGGAGAAGAUUCUAGUAGGAGGAAAGCAAAAAGGCGGUGUGUGUGACGAGGACGCAGACAAGAUUGGAGAGGCUUUGAACACGGGGGUCAGUCUUGGCCAGGGGAAGACGGCCAUCUUGGCUAGAUGCAAUAUCACUGUGUUCAGCGAAGCCGUCCGGCUCACCGAUUCCAACCCGCAGUGCCAGAUCCACCUCAUCGGAGGCCUCCCAGGUAUCGGCCUGGAUAGGAUCAUGGACAUCUGGAACCUCAUGAAAGGGAAAAAAUACAUCAAGGAUCCGAUGCUUCGCUCCUUUGCCAAAAGAAAUGAAGGUUGUGGCUUCUUUGCUCUAAAGAGGUACGUCCAACAGACUGAGGAUCUGGAACUGGACGGCAAAGUCAACAUUGUCGAAAAGUACGGAAAUCGCAUCCCUGAACUGGUCAGCCGCCUGGAAAGGUGCUUUGUAGAGGACUUCAACGCAGCAGAUUUCAUACUGGGGACGGUCCACAAGGCGAAAGGUCUGGAGUUUGACACAGUGAUGGUCACCGAUGACUUUACCAAAGUUCCCUCUUCAAUGCACAACCUGCACUACCAUUCCAACUUCUCCUUCUAUGAAGUUCCUGCCGAUGAGUGGAACCUGCUGUACGUGGCGGUGACCCGUGCCAAGACCUCACUGAUCAUCACUAAGACCGUCCGCCGAAUCCUCACAAUGGCUGGGGAAUACUUCCUGAAGUCGGAGAUGCCGGUGGGCAACCCCCUCCCCUGCUGUGUCACAGACUGUCCCAACUGCACCACACCCGGCUCAGCAUUCAUCAUGUGCAAACAACAGAUGAAAUGUUCUGAUGGUGUGUCCCACGGCGGCCCGUUGUGUGAGAGGUGUGUGUGGACUCGCAUCGGGCCAACUGCCUUCCUCAUGACCGACGACGUGAUCUCAAUGGCUGAAAUACCAAGAAGACUCGGCCAGCAGUUCCACCACGUGAUAAUUCGAGGCGUUAUUUAGUGUUGCUCGUCUUCAAGGACCUUAAAUUAAAGAACCCUCAGGUUAAACCAGCCGGGAUGACAGACUAAAACAGACUGACAAGUGUGUUGAAAUUGUUGAAAAUGUUGAAAAAAUUGUUGAAAACGUGUUUUUAACGGACAAGGAAUGUUGCAAUGUGACUGUUUUUUGGUGUGUGUUUUUAUCUCUGGAUUGGAUGUAAUUACAUCCAGACGAGAUGCAAGUUUAGAAUUUGCGAUUCACAGCCUAAAGCUCCCAGUAGCCAAUACUGAGCUUUAACUGGAGAGCAUUGUGAUUGUGCUAUAGUGUGAGUGUAUAUAUAUAUAUAUAAAAAAAACUGCUGGCAGACUUUUCUACUUUGACUAAAAAAGAAA